AUGCCGCGAGUAGAGGCGGCGCAGAGCCUCGUGAGGGCGAUCAGCGGCGGCGACCUGCAAGCACUGCAGAAGGCACUCGCCCAUGCCACAGAGCUGAAGGUGAACAGCAAGGAGAACAGCAGAAGUCAAGACCAGGAGGGUUCCCGAGACCUCACACCUUCGACGGGCCGUCCCAUCAGCGUAUAG